CUCUCAACAAGCAAGUUCGCUCGAAUCAAUAUCCAGAACCAAGGACAAACAAACACACCAUCAACCCGGAAAGCUUCGCCGCCGCUCUAGCCUCGACACGCAGCUCCCGACAUCAUGUGCCUCCUGAUCAAAAUCGAGUACUCCUGCUGUAAGGCCGCCACCACAAACCAGACCCUCGUCGAGUGCCAACUUGACCCCGAGCAGUCCUGCACAGGAAUCACGGUGCACAACAAGACCUUGAAGUACCCAGCCAGCUGCUGGAAGUGCGAGCAAAACCUCGUAGCGCUGCUCACGACCCGCACCGGAGAUGCCCGGCGCAUGCUCGCAGAGCACCACCACGAAGCAGCCGGUGUCAGUGGGCCCGACACCGAGGCUGACGCCCAGGCGCGCGAGAUGGACCACCUGGCCGACCAGCUGCUACUCUGCCUCAUUGCCGACAGGGUGAGAGCCAUGAACAAGUUCAAGCGCUUCGUCUGCGCUGGCAACGUCUGCGCUGCCGCCGCCGUCACGCCCCUCGACUACGAGAAAUAUGUUCUCCUGGUUGUCGACGUGGUUGACGUCGCGCUGGGCUUCAUCUACGACAUGCGCGGCGACGCCCGUGGGGCGGCGUUGCCUGAUGCGGAGGGCUGGCUGGAUUGA